ACCGCCCCAAAUUCUUCUCUAAAAAAAAAAUUCAGAACCCUGGAUUUCAAAUGCGCCACCAAAUCGCUCCCCACGGCCGCCUGCUUGGCCGCUCGUUCUAGACCAAACCAAGCCCUCCUGACGCGCGAGCUCUUCAACUUCAUAGAGCAGUCGCCACCCUUCGCACCCUCGACAAAGCCCACCGAAAAAGCGCGCCCUCUGUUUGAAUGCAAUCUGGCCGACUUGGCCGUCAACGGACAAAAUGGAUCGAUUCGACGAGUCGCGUCGAUCCCCGAUUCAUCCGAAAAGUCUGUUAAAGUCCGCGAAAUGAUGUCGAGCGACCACUCUGCAAAUGCAAACUCAAAAGACCUGCCAUCGUUUCUUGCGGACACCGGGGAGACCGCUCCGCAAAAACUCCAAAAGCUGCCAAAAGAGCUGAAAAAAUUCAUUCCGAGCUCAAUCGAAGACUCUCUACCCUGCCCUCGGCGAGCAACCACCACCGUCCCACCCACCGCCACGAACAAGCCAUCCACUACAAUCGUGCACGUCUACCCUACACGGGGAUCCAAACUCGGCGGACAACGCGUAGCCGUUAUGCUGGCGGACAGAGUGGGAAAGGGUUGGCGAGUCGUCUUCGGCCAAGUCACAGCGGAUACCAACUAUGACCGAACCCGUCCAAACCUGGUAUGGGCGAUCACGCCUCCAAGCGCGGUUUCACUUCGAGUCGAAAUAUCGAUCUUGGAUGCGACCGGAUGCAAAGUCAAUCAAAAUAAUUCUGCGUUCUUUUUUUAUAACUGAAAAGCGGUACAACUUUCGGCGUCCCCCAGGGUUCAUCGUCCCUUAACGCGCCAAACGCGCACCUCGUCUCAGAGCCCCCCUCCGGCGUUGGAUUGGCGGCGGUCCGGCAUGCGUUUUCCCGAGCAUUUUGUCCUCGUCCGUACAGCGCGCACGUGCGCUCGUUGAAAGAGGAGGGCCAAGCCCGCCCCCCUGUUUGGUUAAACGUCGCCUUCGCCUUUUCUUGAGCCCUGCUCGAUGAGGCAGAGACGCCUGCAAACGCCGUUUUGAAGCCUCGCGCGGACGGCGCCUUCUUUUUUCACUGUCAACGAGCUCAGCGUUGCGUUGCGGCAGACCUCUGGGCCAAAUUGACGAUGGGAGGGAGGCCGGAAGCGCGUCGACAAAGGGGGCCGGCCCGCUUUGUCUGUCUGCGCAAGGUCUGUCAAAUUACGAAAUUUUUUUUUUAUGCCACAGGUUUUUUUUUCCCGGGCCCAUCGGUUUCGUUUUUGACUCUCGUUGCACUCGUCUCUCCAUCAUCUUAGAUGGACAUUUUGGCACUGAAGUCUGCUCAGACGAAGGUUCCGGGAGAUGGGUGUAAUUUUUGAGUUCAGAAAAUGCCGCUCAAAAAUUUUUGUACCCAGUUGCACCCAGAACAGGCCAUGUCGCCGUUUGAACAACGUUCCAUUUGCCGGGCGAGCGAGGAACGCGGCGCCAUUUGCUGGGCUGGGGGCUUAUGCCGAGCGUUUUCGUCACGCGCGUGCGUCUGCUCUUGCGUUGGGAUUUGGCGUACAAGUUCGCGUCGGACGUAGUUAUUCCGUCGUGGAUGCGUCCUGCUUGAGGCGUUCGCCGCUCGAGAGGCAGGCCGGAGAGUACCUCACUUCUUCUUGCUCGGGGUUUCCCGUGAAGUCGCAUUUCAUGGCGGCUGUCCCGAAGGCGAGGGUCGUAAGCACGAUUCUGCAGUACACUCGGAGGGUUUGCGUGGGCGCCGCGAGAAGAAGGCUGCCGCCGUUGGGCGGCGAGGUCGCGUCCAGACUUCAGGAGAGUGCCAUUUGGCCGAGGGAGAAGGUUUUCGUGGUGGUGCCGAGUCACGCUUACGUGGCCGCGCUGGAAUCCGCGCUGGAGCGAGACGUGCGGGAAGGUGGCGUCUACGGACCUGCUUGCGGUGUGCAGGUGCUGUUCAUAACGGAGAAGGAGUUUUGGGAGCAGCAGCUUGGAUCGUUGAGGAGACACAGACCGGAAAUGGUGAACAGGUUUUUUUUUCGAGUGUAGCGAGCGGCGCUUGCUUUCGGCGGCGAGCGGCGACGACGCGAGGCGCGAGAGGGAGUUGGAAUUUGGGGGGAGCGGGUGCGAGCGGGAGGGUGGAAUGGUGCACGUCGCGCUGAUGAACAUGAUCAAUUUGCAGGGGUUGGAGAAGGGCAUGCAAGAUGCGGUUUUUACGAGCUUGUUGGCGACAUUUCACCAGCUCAAGGUGACGAGGGUGUUGAGCGCGAUGGCGCCGGCGACGAGCUCCAUUUUCGCGUCGUUGAAUUCGUGGAUUGCGUCUCGUCCGAGCGUGGACUUUGAAGUGUACACGAGUCGGGUGGAGGUUUUUGGAAUGUGGGUUGUCAUCAAUUGCGGUGUUUUAGAGAGGAGGGAGUUGCUCACGGCCUACGAGAGGGGACAGCAGGGUGCGGUUGGAGAGAGAGGGCCGACGAGUGGUUUGUGGGGUCGCGCAUUGGAGGGUUUUCGGCCGGUGUUUUCGGCGCUUCACGAUCCUUUGCGUUGGUCGAUUUUCCCCGUUUUUUUUCGAGAUUUUUGCACAGGCGAAAAGGUCGCGUUGUCGCUGCCGAUCAAGGCCGGAGAGAUAAGCAUGCUUUGCUCGAACGUGCAGUUCCGGAGUCGAAAUUACAAGGUGGAUGUCGAAGAGUCCCCCGCGAGUGGACACAGUUUUUCGGUGCGCUUGUUGGCGAGCGUGGUGCCGGACAGGCUUUUUUGCGCUCGGUUCAGGAGGCCGAAGGAGUGCUACGAAGUCGACGGUCCGGGCUCGUCUUCGGCGAAGGCGGUGGUGCUGGGCAGUCCGGUGGUGAGUGCGACGUGUGACUUGGUGGAUUACGUCAGGAGGCGCGCGCCGGAAGUGAAGGCGUCGCAGAUACGGAUAGUUUGUCACGAUUCGGCGCAACAGGUUUCGACUGCCGAGUUGCUUGAGUCGAGGGGUGUUCCGUGUCUGGUCGAGUGCAUAUCGAACACGCCGCAGGUCGCGCUGGUGUCGCACUUCCUGAAUCUGCUGAGAAGGUGGCUGGCGGAGUUGGAGGAGGUUGCGCAGGAGGUCGGUCGACAAGUUGACGGCGAUUCGUCGAGCGACGCGUGCCGAGGUGGGGGGCGAGCUGGGUCCUCGCGCUCGGGGGGCGCGAGGCUGCUUGGAGGGGUUUCCUCUUUUGGGGCGUUGACGCCUUCCGUUUUUGCGGUUUUGACUCGGGUCUACGGCGUCGGUCACCGAGGCGACUUGCAGCGUAUUUUUUCGCACCACUACGUGCACAAGGUGCCGUUGCUGAAGGCGCUGUACGGGGUUGCGGAGGGCCUGGAGUGCGUGGACGCGGAGGGGAGCGGGAAGAGGAAGAGGGCGGGUCGAGCGCCGCGGAUGAGCGCGUGCCUUGACGCGAAGUGGAGAGCCCACCUGGCGCGCUCGAGGGAGGGUUUGGCCGAGCAGCGCGGAGAAGGGGACGGAGCUCGGAGCGCGGCGCAGGAAGUGUACGAAAAGUCUACGAUUUUCGCGGUGAGGCAACUGAUGCGCGACCUGGAGCAGCUCGCAAGGAGCGUAGUCACCGAGGGCGCGGUCGGUCCGGCCGGCUUGGUCGCCAAGGUGGUCGAGCAGUGGGCGUGGCGGCCGAGCCCCGCGGCGGAGGCGUCCGGCGGGCGCGUUGGUUCAAAGGACGAAAAAGUGAUUUUGGCGUGGAAGAAGUGCGUGGAAGAGAUCGAAGCGAUGUUCCAGCGGGGGCCGGCGCGGGAGGAGCGCCCGGCGGGAGACUCGCCGCCGUCCGGCUCGGGCGGGGCGGGGUCGACGGAAGAGGCGUCGACGAGCUCGGCGGCGGAGGAGCCGGCUCGUGUGGACCCUCUCUGCCACAGCCUGCGAGCGACGAUCGAGAACGUCGGCCGUCUGCUGGACUACGCGAGGUGGAGGCACUUGGAAAUCCCAAGAGAAAUGUACGAGGACAAAGAGGACCACGUACGAGUCACACACAUAGAUACGCUGAGUGGACGUCCGCCCUCUCGGUACACAGUUGUACAGCUACCCGGCGACGCGAGCGGCUCGCCUUCGAACGGAAGUGGGAUGAGAAGCGCGCAAGGCGCGAAAACGACGCUCUACCGCUUUCUUGAAACGGUCGAGUCUGCCACGGACGGCCUGUUUUUCGUCUCAGAGCAAUCUGAAUCGUACCUGUCAAAAUACCUCAGGUCUUUCCGACGGCUGGAGGUGGAAUCGCUGCUGAGCGGGAAGGACUGCAUUCUCUUCGCGUCGGACCGCGCGCACGAAGAGCGGCACCCCUCGGACGGGCCGUCCGCCGAAGUCGAGGCGGUGGAGAGCAGCGCUCUAGAACUCGACGAGCGCGCCCAGGCGCCGCAGCCGAGCGGGCUCUAUUUCACGCAUACGUGCUCCUAUCGCCCGCGGAAGCUCAGCUUUUCACUGCUGUCGGUGUUCGAGCGCUGCGCGUUUCAAUUUUUGCUAAAGUACGUGCUGCACGUGCAGCCGGGCAGAACAGAGACGGCCGUGUUCUCCGUGACGGGAUCGGUGAUUCACAAGCUCGUCGCUGACGCGGAGGGCCAGGCGCCCGCGAGCGACGCGCAGGUGCUGGACGAGGCCUCCCUGGAGGCGGACGCCCAGAAAAAGGUCAAGGACGCGGUCGUGAAAAAAUUGGCCAAGGCCGACUCUCUGACCGUCGGCCAAGCGCUAGAGAAGGUGAAGGAGCCCGUAAUCGGGUCCGAGAUUCGAGCCAUGACUCGGACGCUGAAGCGCGUGACGAUCGAGAGUCAGAGCAACAAGAAGAAGUCACCAAGCUCCGUCAGCUAUUCCGAGAGGAAAUUUCAAGUCAAGGUUUUGGACAACGUGUUGCUCAUAGGAUGCUGGGACCGGGUGAACGUGACGGGCGAAGACGUCGAGAUAAUAGAGUACAAGCGAGUUUUGAAAAACAGCAGCAAAGACGAAAUAUCGAAAAACAUGCAGUUGAUGUUGUACGCAUUUGCCUGGUGGAAGAUGACAGGUGUCAUUCCGAAACGCAUCGUUCUUCAACAGCUUCUGCACAAAGACCUAGUCUUCGCUCACUCGCCGACGCGAGAGGAGCUGGAAGCGCUGGAGCACAAGUUGUACGAAAUUGUCAAGACCAUGAAGACCGGCAGGUUCGAGGCGUCUCCGUCGCUCGCGAAGUGCGCGUCUUGCGCCUAUUCGAACGUGUGUCCCAGCGCCGUCUUGGCGGAGCCCUGACGUCGCGCGUCGCUCGAGCGGCCCCUGCCACCGCGGCCCCCGCACAAAAUAAAAGCAAGCAAAAAAAA